AUUCUAUCUUUUGAGUUACCUGCGACCGAAUUAAGAUUAUUUAUAUUCUCGAUAAUUUGUUUAUGUAUAAUUUUCACGUGUAAUUCCUUCAAAAUUGUUUCGUGCUUGCCUAAAUUAAAAUAUGUCUUGUGAAAUUUAAGCGUUUUCAGAGACUUUUUAUUCACAAAGAUAGUUGUUUGAAAUUGACUGCAUACAAUGGCUGAUACAGAGAAAGCUGAUGCCAAAAAGCCUCAUCGCAAGGCCCACAGUGGGCGCAAGGCUGACAAGAAAGAGGCCAAGAAGAAACAGUUAUUGGGGGACCAACAUAGAAAUCCUAAAGCCUUUGCAAUUAAUAAUGUUACCAAGGCUGAAAGGAGAUUUCGAAGAACAAUGGAUAUAAAGAGUAAAGGUUAUCAUGUUCCUGCUGUUGACAAAACUCCUGCCAAACCACCUCCUGCUGUUGUGGCAAUUGUUGGUCCUCCUAAAGUUGGCAAAACAACUCUUUUAAAAUGUUUAGUUAAGAACUUUACUCGACAGAAAUUAACUUCUAUAAAUGGGCCUGUAACAUUAAUAUCAGGCAAAAAGAAAAGAAUUACAUUCAUUGAAUGCAAUAAUGACAUUAAUAAUAUGAUUGACAUUGCUAAAAUAGCUGAUCUGGUGUUACUAUUAAUAGAUGCUAAAUCUGGCUUUGAAAUGGAGACUUUUGAGUUCUUGAAUAUUUGUCAAAUUCAUGGAAUGCCUCGCUUAAUGGGUGUAUUGACACAUUUGGACCUCUUCAAGCAGAAAAAAACGUUACAAAGGACCAAAACUAUGCUAAAAAAGAGAUAUCGCACCGAGAUUCCAAGGGGUGAGAAGAUGUUCUACCUAUCAGGCCAAAUGUAUGGAGAAUAUUUAAAAAAUGAAGUUCAUAACUUGGGUCGUUUCAUUUCUGUAAUGAAGUUUGAGCCAUCUACAUGGAAGAAAACACAUCCAUAUGUGUUUGUAGAUCGAAUGGAGGAUAUAACUAAUCCUGAGAAUUUAGCAAAGGAUCCUAAUUGUAAUAGAGCUGUGUGCCUCUAUGGUUAUGCUCGUGGUGGAGCAUUAAAGCCUAAUUCCAAUUAUCAUAUUCCAGGUUGUGGUGAUUAUUUGAUUCGAAAUAUUCACUUUUUGCCUGAUCCUUGCCCUUUGCCUGAGAAAAACAAAAAACGUUCACUGAACGAAAAAGAAAGGCUCAUUUAUGCGCCCAUGAGUGGAGUGGGAGGUAUUGUUUAUGAUAAAGAUGCAGUUUAUAUCGAAUUGAGGGAUAAUCAACAGCAAAAAAAGCAGGAAGAAGAAAAACCAGCUGAUAAAUUAGUUAACACUAUGGUUGCUGUUCAACAUCCUAUAGAUGAAAAAAUGAAGGCAGCACAGUUUCAGUUAUUUGCUGGGGCUAAGCCACUUGGUGAUAAAGACAUGUCCAGCAGUGAGGAUGAUGAUCAGGAAGAUUCUUCAGCCAGUCAAAGUAAAAAUAAAUCUCAAUUCCAAUUAUUUUCUGGUGGAAAGUCUUUAAAUGAUGAUGAUUUAUCAAGUAGUGAUGAUGAUGAAGAUGAACAACCAACUGGCCUUGGAUUUGAAACUGAUAGUGAUGAUGAAGACAAUGAAGACGAUAGUGACGGUGAAAGUGAUAAUUGUAGUGAUGAUGAAGGUAUUGAUGUAACUUUAAAGAAGAAGAAAAAGAAGGUUAGAUUUGCUGAUGAUAAUGAUGAAGAGAGUGCUGAAUCAUCUGAUAGCGAUGAAGGAGAUUCAGGAGAAGAAAAUGAUAACAAGCGUUUAAAGAAGCGUCGAAAACUUGAUUUAAAUGAUAAAGAUGAGAAUGAGGAUGAGCUUGGUCAAGCAAAAUGGAAAGAAAAUUUAUUGAAGAAAGCAGCUGAUGAUUUUUAUCAACGUCAAAAGGAAACUGUUAGCUUACAAAAACUUGUUUAUGGGCACAACUUUAUAAGGAAUCAAGAUAGUGAAUCAGAAUCUGAUGGUGAAAUUGGAAACUUGUUUUUUAUUGCAAAACAUGAAAAGGAUAAGAAAAAUGUUUUGAGUGAUAAUGACGUUGACUGUUCAAGAUUUGUAUCUAAUGUACCUAGGGAUUGGUCUGAUCAAGAGAUAUUAGAAACAAUUAAAGAUUGCUUUGUUACUGGAAAAUGGGAAGAUAAAGAUGAUGCUGAAAAGCUCUUAGAAGAAGAUGAUGAUCUGUUUGGUGACUUUGAAGAUUUUGAAACAGGAACUGUUCAUAAAGGCAAAAGUAAACCUGAAGGAGACACUGAAAAAGAUGAAUCGUCUGAGAAUGAAGAGCAAGAUGAUAAAGAUGAGACUGAAGAAGUGAAAGCUGAAAAAGAGAAGACAGCCCAAGAGAAAAGAAUGGAAAAGAAAAAGAAACUCAAAGAAAUGUUUAAUAAGCAGUUUGACGAUUCUGAAGGACGAUCUUAUCACGAUGACCUUAAACUAGAAGCUGAUACUCAAGGAGAAUUAAAUAAGACUGAAUUCGAAGGACUUGAUGAUGAGCUUAGAGUUCAAUAUGAAGGUUUCAGACCAGGCCUGUAUCUUAGACUUGAAGUUGAAGAAAUGCCCUGUGAAUUUAUUAGAAAUUUUGACCCUUCUUAUCCUAUUAUUCUUGGUUCACUAUUGAAGAAUGAAGAAAAAAUGGGUUAUUUGCAGGCUCGUAUAAAGAAGCAUAGGUGGUAUCCAAAGAUUUUGAAAACGAGAGACCCCCUUAUUGUUUCUCUUGGUUGGAGAAGAUUUCAAACUGUUCCAUUGUAUUAUAUUGUUGAUCACAACAAAAGAAAUCGACAUUUGAAAUACACACCUAAGCAUUUACAUUGUAUGGCUGCUUUCUGGGGACCUAUAACACAACAAAAGUCUGGAAUACUUGGCGUACAAACUGUACAUGAAAUAUCAUUCAAUUUUAGAAUCGCAGCUGUGGGUAGCAUAACCGAAGUGAAUGAAACUACAAAUAUUGUUAAAAAGCUAAAAUUACUUGGAACCCCGUUGCAAGUGUUCAAGAAAACAGCUUUUAUUGAGGGUAUGUUCCAUUCUUCCUUAGAAGUUGGAAAAUAUGAAGGAGCAGCUCUUAGAACUGUAAGUGGUAUCAGAGGACAAAUCAAAAAAGCCAUUAGAGAUCCUCCAGGUGUGUUCAGAGCUACUUUUGAAGAUAAAAUACAGAAAAGUGAUAUUGUGUUUUUAAGAACAUGGGUCACAGUGACUGUGCCACAAUUCUGUAUACCUGUUACGUCUCUACUGUUACCUCCUGAUGCCAAGUCUAAAUGGCAAGGUGCACGUACACUUGGAAAGUUACGUUUUGAUAAGGGACUUUCUGCACCCGUUUCUGAAGAUUCAAAAUAUAUACCAAUUGAAAGACAAAUCAAACAAUUUGCUCCUCUGGUUGUACCUAAAAAUCUCCAGAAAGCUUUGCCUUUCAAAGAUAAGAUCAUCCACAAGCAUAAAACUACAAAGGAUCCUGAAACUGAACGUGUUGCAGUUAUUAAAGAACCACAUGAACGAGAGGUUUCUAAAGUGUUGAGUAUGCUUAAAACUGUUCACCAAAUGAAACUAAAGAAACAGAAUAAAGCAAUGUGGUUACGGGCUAGAGCCCACAAUAAAGAGAAAAAGAAAAAUGAAGCUGUUCAUCACAAAAAGGUACAAGCAAUGAAGAAAAGAAUAUUACGAAGAAAACCUAAUAAAGCUCCCGAUAUGUGAUAAUGUUAUGUAAAUAGUGUAAUAAAUUUGCUUUAGUUGUUUUAUAAUUAAAUUAAUUUUUUAUUUA